AUGGCAAUCGGUCGCUCGCCAUCGCCCUUCUCGCCCGCUCGAGCUAACACACCGUCACCUCGAUCACAAGCAUCAACAAUCCUACCCAACCGCUCCAUCCCCGACCAACCACUCGACUCUUCCACUAAACCCUCCUUCGUGCCCACCUGGCGGCGUCCAACCCUCACCCCAAACAACGAUGCAUCCGGCCGUCGACCAAGUGUGCAGUUCGUACCCCACGCCAUCACCGGCUCAACCUCCCGCUCCUCCAGCGCCAAACCCCACGGCACUCGCACUCUUCACCUUGAUGGAACCUCUUCCUCCAAACGCCCAAGCCUUAGCGGCCGUCGUAUGAGCAGCCCACCUCCACCAGCUCAAUAUCGAAGUAGUGUGAGCUUCGACACUUUCAGCAACCCCUCCGCCUCGGAAUACAGCCUCACCCUCAACCGCAAACACCGCGACUACACCUACACCAAACGCAGCCGCACCUUCCUCUGCGGCACCGACACAAAUGAAUACUCCGAUACCGCGCUCGAAUGGCUGAUCGACGAGCUGGUAGACGACGGUGACGAAAUAGUAUGCUUGAGAGUAGUAGAGAAAGACAGCAAGGAAGCGAUCAAGUGGGCCGGCGGCCAAGGCAGCACCGGCUACCAAAAAGAAGCCCACCGCUUCCUCGAAGCGAUCGAGAAGAAGAACACCGACGAUCGCGCCAUAUCCCUCGUCCUCGAGUUCAGUAUAGGAAAAGUCCACGACACGAUCCAACAAAUGAUUCGGCUUUACGAACCCGCCAUAUUAGUCGUAGGAACCCGCGGAAGAAGUUUGACCGGAUAUCAAGGAUUGUUGUCAAGUGGAAGCGUGAGUAAGUACUGUCUCCAAUACUCCCCCGUCCCUGUUAUUGUCGUUAGGCCGAGCAGUAAACGGGAGGCGAAGAAGAGGAAACGGAUGCAGGAUCCGUCUAGGACGGGGUAUAGAGAUAUCUUGGAUAAGACGGAGGAUGCACCCCGAGGCAGAGGGGGGCAUUUGCUGGAUGAGAGGAAUCGAUUUAGUGUUGCUGGGGCGGCGGGCGGUGGGUUGGGUCUGCUGGGAGAAUUGGGCGGUGGCGAUCCGGAUGAGGAGGCGAGGAAAGUGGCGGAGGCGAUUGGGGUGCGACCUGGAAGGAACUCGGCUGGUGGGCUUGCUGAGGGGCGUGGGAGCUCGUUGUCAAGGGUGACGUCCGCACAGAGCACGACGAGUACCGAGGACCCGCCAGCCUCACCACCGGACGAACGGCUGUUGAAGUCUCCGGAACUGCGCAAUCUCGACUCGCCCGCACCUUCUGACUCUGAGGAUGAGGGCGAAGAUGACGAUUACGGCCGCGGGAUGCAAGAAACUCUUCGCCCGGAGGAUGAAGCGGCGAUGCUAGCCUAUGAACGUGCACAGAAAGUUGUGGAGGAGGAGCAGGAAGAAGCUGAGGCGAGGGAGAAGCGGGAGGUAGAUCGUGCCGCGCGUGGUGGGGCGAGGAGUCGGAGUCGAGGGGGGAGGAGGGAGAGUAAUGAGGAGGGUGGUGGGGCGGCUGUGUUGGGCCUGCUUGCACAAUUAGAUAGGGGGAUGAAGUGA